UUAUCACCAUCAGGACUUUUAUUUUGAAUAUCUUGUCAUCUGGCGUUAGGCAGUGCUAGCUGUGGUGCUUGUGAGCUGGAACUCCGUUUUAACCUGUAAAACAACAUUCCGCGAAUUCUGCACUUUCUAAUGUAGUGGAUUUCCAUAAUGUCGGAGUCGUUGCUUCGUUGGUGUGUGGAUCAGUUAAAUAAUAAAUUUGGUCUGGAAGCGAGCGACGACAUUGUUCAAUAUAUCCUGUCCAUCAACAAUGCUGAUGAACUUGCGGAGUAUGUGGGGGAUCUCCUGCAAGGAACUGGAGGGAAGAAGAAACAGUUCAUUGAUGAGCUGUUAGAGCGAUGGCAGCGGUGUCGAAAACAGGCUGACAGUGGGCCAGAACUGAUCCCCAUGAGGGAGACAGUGACAGAAGGUCCAGAUGUUGCAAGGGACACCCAGAAGAAGUCGAAGCGAAAAGGCAGGAAUAGACAAGAGGUCAUCUCUUUCAGCCAAGCCGAGCCUGAGCCAGAAGCUGUAAAAACUCCUAUAGACUUGCUUAAGGCGCAAGAGAACAGCAGCUCUUCCUCCACGAAGAAAAAGAGUAAGUUUGUAAAUUUGUAUGCCAAAGAGGGUCAAGAUAGGCUUGCUGUGUUACUGCCUGGACGCCAUUCCUGCGACUGCCUGGCCCAGAAGCACAAACUUAUCAACAACUGCAUGACCUGUGGCCGGAUCGUGUGUGAACAGGAGGGCUCUGGUCCGUGUUUCUUUUGUGGCAGUCUGGUGUGCACUAAAGAGGAGCAGGAGAUCCUGCAGCGGGACUCGAACAAAAGUCAGAAACUCCGGAAGAAACUCAUGGGAGAUCGUUUUGCAUAUGAAGGAUUGGAUAAAGACAUUCUACCCCACCAGGAGGCCAGGAUUAAAGCAGGCUUGGAGAAGGCUAUUCAACACAAAGAUAAACUGCUAGAGUUUGACAAAAACAGUGUUCGCCGAACUCAAGUCUUGGAUGAUGAGUCAGACUAUUUUGCCACUGACUCCAACCAGUGGCUCUCUCCAGCAGAGCGUGAGGUGCUGCGAAAGAGGGAGGAAGAGCUCAGAGACCUUCGUCACGCCUCCCGCAAAGACCGCAAGAUCACACUGGACUUUGCAGGCAGACGAGUGCUGGAGGAAGGGGAGAACCUGACUCAGUAUUACAAUAAAUUUGAUGAGACUGUGAAAGCCAUCAAUACUGGAACUCUGGUCCAGACACCAAAGAGCUCGGGCCCAACUGGCCGUCAACACCUCAGGGAGCUGGUCAACCCAAACAUUGUACAGGCUGCGCCUCAGUGGGUGGACGUUGGUGGUGGUGAGGCCCCUCGCAGGUCUCAAGUGAAGGCUGCAGGAAGUGAGCAGAAGGCUGAACGAUCUAGACUCCGGCUGCAGGACAGAGAGCUACAGGAGAUGGCAGACGGGGGCUGUUGUCUCAGCAUGCAUCAGCCGUGGGCCUCACUUCUCACCUGUGGCAUAAAGAGAGUGGAAGGCAGGACAUGGUAUACCUCCCACAGAGGGCGCCUGUGGAUUGCUGCUGCAGUCAAAAAACCCACUCCUCAGGAAAUUGCCCAGGUGGAGGCCAUGUAUCGGCAGAUUUAUAAGCAAGAUGUGCAGUUUCCUAAAGACUACCCCACCGGCUGCCUGCUUGGCUGCGUCAACAUGACGGACUGUCUCUCCCAGGAGCAGUUCAGAGAGCAGUAUCCCCAGAUCAGCGAGGAGUCCGCCUCUCCAUUUGUCUUCAUUUGCACCAACCCCCAGGAGCUGCUGGUGAAAUUCCCCGUAAAAGGAAAACACAAGAUCUGGAAGCUGGAGAGUCAGAUUCACCAAAGUGCCAAGAAGGGGUUAAUGCAGCCAGCCUGACCUCAACAAAGCAGUGUGGGGCAAGAGGCUAGAGGAACAGAGUUUCCAGCCAAUGGAUGCCUUAUGCCGGCCAUGUCACGCUGCAGUGAGAUUCAACAUGGAACACUGCUUCUCACGGGACAUAGUGACAGUCAUAAACCUCUAACCAGAAACCUACCAGAGAUUUCUGCCUUUAUUCCAUAAUUCUGUUGCGCUAAAUUGCAUUUUUUCUGCAAUAAAACAUUUGUGCUUGUUUACACAUGAGAGAAAUUGUAGAUUAAAACACACCAAAUUCAUUGA